GUCUGUCGUCACCACUGAGUCAAAUGACAAUUGCUUUUCCAUUAUUGAAUUCCCCCCCAUAAAUUUCACAUAAUACGCCAUCUCCCAUCAUUAAAACAGCCAAUUUUGCAACUUUGAUUCCAAAAGCAGAGAGAAAAUCCAAGUGAGAAAAAAGACUACAUCCAUAGGUAGAGGAUUUUUGGGGAGCUUUUAACAUGGCGUAUGGCCAACCACCAACAUAUCUUAUGAGGUACGAGCUUUGAAUUAAAAAAAGGAACCAAUAGAAGAAACUUACAAUAUUUAUACUGUCCAGCUAGUUACUGGUAUGAUUAUUGAUUGUGUCGGUGCUUUCUAACAUAUUUCCUUUUCAUUUUUUUUAUUAGAAUUAAUUAAUUUUUUUUAAAAUGCUUUUAAGAAAAUCAACGUAGAGUAGCCACAACCGCUACCACAAUAACCCUUUCUUCAUUCACUUCCAGCUUUUUGCCUUUUCAUGGGUAUUCUUUCUCUCUCUGUUAUUCCUCCCAGUUUAGCUCUAGAUUACAGGGAAACAAAACUUUUGUAAUUUCACAUAAUUAUACAGUCAGAGAGAAAGAUAAAGUGGAAGAUGGAGGUCGGUGGUGGGGGUCAAAGUGGAGUUACUGCAAGUUCAGGGGUUUGUUGUGGUGGGAAGAGAAAGAACGAAAGGCCGUACAAAGGGAUUCGUAUGAGGAAGUGGGGAAAGUGGGUUGCAGAAAUUAGAGAACCUAACAAGCGUUCGAGGAUUUGGUUGGGUUCGUAUUCGACGCCGGUGGCGGCGGCGCGGGCUUAUGAUACGGCGGUGUAUUAUCUAAGAGGGCCUUCGGCCCGAUUGAAUUUUCCUGAGUUGUUGGUUGGUGAUAGUGGGCUUAAUGAUUUGUCUGCUGCUUCAAUUCGUAAAAAAGCCAUAGAAGUUGGUGCCCAAGUUGAUGCUGUACAGAACUCGCUUGCAACUCAUCAUCAUCAUCACGACGACCAUCCACAAGAAAAGGUACACUGUGAGACGGCAAGCCCGUCAGAAUUGAAGCCCUGUUGGUUUCAAGAGAAGCCCGAUUUAAACAUGAAGCCCGAGCCCGAAGAUCCAGAAUUGGAUUACUGGUGACUGGUAAUAUGUAGUUACUAUUGAUAUUACGAAUAAUAGUAGUAUCUGUGCUAGUGUAAUUUUUUUUGGAUUUUUGUUGGGUGGGGAAAGAGGAAGUGCUUUGGUAAGAAUACAUGCGCCGCUCCAAGUUGUGUCGACUCCUAGCUUGGUAGCCUAGGAUUGUUAAAAAAAUUAUCACCUCUUUAUUUAAUUUCAUUUUACUUUUAUGAACAAAUUAUGAGCUCAACAGUUUUGAUGUUGUAAGAUGUAAAGGGGAUUUGUUUUAUUAUUUUGUCUAUCGUAAUUCAAUCUGUA